UUAGUUUACUAAAAGUUCCUUUUUUCCCUUCUUCUUUAUAUGGAAGGAGUAGUACCACCUAACACUUCCUGGUUGCCAUCCUCUCUCUCUUCUGCCCCUAGUCAUGCAUGCGGAAGAUCAUUAGCGGGAACUCCUACUUCCUGAUGGUUCUUUCCAUUGCACAGUUAUUCACACUAUUUUUUGAAACUAUUUUGUUUGCUUUCUACUCCGUCUGACGCCUUCGGCCAUGGCGCUACCACAGCAGCUACGUUCGGAGAGUGACUUUGACCAGCUGCCUAAUAAUGUCCCCAUCAGUGCCACCAUUGCGGAUAUUGAGGAAAAGAAAGGCUUCAUUGACUAUUUUAGAUUUGUCAUUGAGGUGAAAACCAAAGGAUGGAGCAAGUAUCUGAUCUACAGGCGCUACCGUGAGUUUUUCAGCCUGCACCAGAUCCUGGAGUCCAGAUAUUCUCCGGAGGACCCAGACAAACCUGGUCCCAACACCUGCAGGUUGCCCUCACUUCCAGGUAAAGUGUUCAUCGGCAACAAGCGGGAGAUCGCGGAAAGCCGAAUUCCCGAGCUCAAUGCGUACAUGAAGAGGCUUUUGAGUCUGCCGACGUGGUUGCUGCUAGACGAGGUUCUCAGGAUGUUCUUCUACCAGACUGAGGAGGACAGCCACCACCAGCCUCGAGCUCUCAGACGUCUGCGACCCCCUACCCGGAGAGUGAAGACAGUCAAACCCAAGACGGACCUCUUCUCCUCACCCAGGGCUGAGUCGACCUUAGUGCCCCCGGAUUGGCUGACGACCAGUCCAAAGUGUCCUACUGCUUUGAACGCCAUGUUUGACUUUUGUAGCAGCAGCAAGGCGGAGUUGAACCUGAAGAGAGGAGACUUGAUCUUCCUGCUGCAUCGAGUCAAUACCGACUGGCUGGAGGGCACGGUCAACGACCAGACUGGCAUUUUUCCAGAAUCCUUUGUGAAGAUCAUCAAGCCCCUCCCGGAGAGUGAGUCGGAGGGCGAAGGAGAAGGCCACACCUACAGCUGCCUGCGAUGCUGCCUGCUCACUCCCUCUGGAAUCCAAACCAGAGACGUGUGCGUUCAAGAGGACCUCAACAUCCAGCCAACACACAAGGAACUGAUGUCUCGCAUGAGGGAUGUGUUCAAGGUGGAUGACAUCGCGCUGAACUACCGCGAUUACGAGGGUGACCUCAUCCGUGUGCUGGAUGACAAGGACGUGCUGCUGAUGAUCAAGGAGAGCCGAGGUCAGGCAGGGGGGGCGGUCCAGAGGCCUGUCAAUCAGUUUCCGUGGGAACUGCUCGUGACCAUGGCCUCGGACCUCUCCGUUUACAAUGUGGAAGGAUGACACGGCAGGUUUUGCGUUGUUGUUUUUUAAUUACAAUUCUUAAGUCAGGACGGUAAACUAAAGCCUAAAGUCCGAUCAUUUCACUUCGAUUCAUUUCACUCAUAUUUUUGAUUGCUCACCCCUUUCAUGCAUAGUGGUCACAACAGUGGACAGUUGUUCUAAGGCUAUUUUCUUCUACAUGCAGAAACAAGGGCGGUGCCAGGGAUUUUGGACCCCUAUGAAAACAAAUCAUACUGGGCACCCCCAUGGAAAAUUUGUAUGCUGUUUUACAUAAAACUAUUGAUUAAUGAUAUUUUUGACUAUUCCCAUACAGCGGCUGAAAUAAGUAUUUAACAAGUCACCAUUUUUCUCACCAAAUAUAUUUCCAAAGGUGCUAUUGACAUGGAAAUUUCACCAGAUGUUGUGAACAACCCAAGUAAUCCAUACAUACAAAGAAAGUAGAACAAAUAAGAUCAGAAAUUAAGUUGUGUGUAAUAAUGUGAAAUGACACAGGGAAAAAGUAUUGAACACAUGAAGAAAGGGAGGUGCAAAGAAGCAUGGAAAGCCAAGACAACACCUAAAAUCUAUCAAUUAUCAAACAGCAAUCCAGCCCCUUAUCAGUAAAAAUGAAUAUCAGCUGGUUCAAUCCUAAUUGAUGGCCUACAAAAGGUCUCAUUGCCAAGGUGUUAGUCAAGACACAAAAUGGAACUGUUUGGAUGCCGUAGUGCACACCCAGUUUGGAGGAGAAGUCGCAGUGCACAUCAACCUAAAAACACCAUACCAACAGUGAAGUUCGGCGGUGGGAACAUGAUGGUGUCGGGCUGCUUUUCAGUAAAUGGUACUGGUAAACUUCACAUUAUUGAAGGAAGGACUAAUGGGCAAAUGUAAGGAGACAUUCUUGACAAAAGUCUGCUGCCAUCUAUGAGGAUGAUGAAAAUGAAGCGAGGGUGGACAUUUCAUCAGGAUAAUGAUCCAAAACAUACUGCCAAGGAAACUCUCAAUUGGUUUCAAAGAAAAAAAUUCAUCUGCUAGAAUGGCCCAGCCAGUCACCUGACUUGAAUCCAAUUGAAAAUCUAUGGAAAGAACUGAAAGUCAAGAUCCAUAAAAGAAGCCCACCGAACCCUCAAGAUUGAAGACUGCUUGGGUGGAGGAAUGGGCCAAAAUCACACCAGAGCAAUGCAUGCGACUAGUUUCUCCAUACAGGAGACGUCUUGAAGCUGUCAAACAAAGGCGUUUGUACAAAGUAUUAAAUAAAUACCAGUUGGCGUGUUCAAUACUUUCCCCCCUGUAUCAUUUCACAUUAUUACACACAACUUAAUUUCUGAUCUUAUUUGUUCUACUUUCUUUGUAUGUAUGGGUACUUGGGUUGUUCCCAACAUCUGGUGAAAUUGUCAUGUCAAUAGCACCUUUGGAAAUAUAUGUAGUGAGAAAAAUGGUGACAUGUUAAAUACGUUUUUCAGCCACUGUAUAUGUGAACAGAACCAUACGAGACACACGCAAUGAAAGUACUUUUUGGUCCUACUGCAAAGCGGAAGCUGACAGUUCCAAUCUGCAGACCAAACAUUUUAUUUAAGAGCUAGUGAAUGUUUUUCAAACUAUUAAAAUCGUUCGGAAAUAAAUACAGACAAAAACAGGUUUUGAAUAAUAGUUGACUGUGGUGACUGAUGCACAACUUUAAUAUCCAGACUUCUGCAUGUCGAAUAAAGCAGCUUUUGAAUAGCUGUCUACUAUAAUGUCGUUAUUGGAAUGUUGAAAUAUAUGAACACGUUUGUUUAAAAAUAUUGAAAACAUUAUAGUUUUCACAUGAUCUUAUUUUAUUAAUUGUUUUGUUUAAAAACGGAUGCAUGUUUCCGAGUUGUUGUGUUUUUUUUUCAUUCUUAGAGUAAUUAAAAAAUAUAUAUAAUUACGUGGGAGGUUGUAUUUUAUGAACGAAAGAAUGAAUAAUCUUGGCUGGUGUUGCAUUGCAUUAUUACAGUUUUGUGUUACCUUAAUAUUCCCACACACGCAUUAAUAUUUCAAAGUUGGCGCCCGAGGCGAAAUCCAUUUUGCAUUGCUUCAAUCCAAUGUUAGAAAAGGGUGGAAAAAAAGACUGAAGUUUUUAUUAGUUGAUUUGUGCAUUUGAAUGUAACGGGGUGUACUUCUGAGCCUCGGGCUGUGCUAAUUUUUGUUAGCUUGAUGACAUUCUCACAAUAAAGAUUCAAUUUUGA